UUUGACAAAUUUUCAUAUCCCUCGUGAAUUAUAUAGCUCUAGGAGCGUUUUCUCCAACUCCUCUUCACAUUCCUUUCAUUUACUAUUGUACUUCUAUCAUGUCUCCCUAUGUCUAAAUGCUAUAUAUACAUCUACACCUAAACACAUAACAUAUGUUCUCCAAAUUUCUCAAAAAUUAUUUCGAUUUUUCGUUCUUGCAUAUUGAAUUGAUUUUCAGGUUACAAGUUUAUAUUUUAUUGUCAAUUUAGAGUGAACGAGUGCAGAUAUUAGUUGUUAUCUGUUAUAUGAGGUAUGAGCCCUAAACUACGCGAUGCACUAAUGUGUACGCCACCCAAGCUAUCAUUGUCCUACCUCCCAAGUCAUAAGCCACAAGCACAAGAAUCACCAUGGGCUUUAACACCACCAUUACAUCCCAUGGUAUCCAUUCCCUUUCAAUGGGAGGAGGCUCCUGGAAAGCCCAGGCCCACUAACAUAUUGAGCCCAUGUAAGCCCAAGAGUGUAAGAUGUUUGGAACUUCCUCCUAGGUUAUUUGUUGAGGACAAUAUGUCUUCCUCUCCUACAACAGUUUUAGAUGGGCCUCGUUUGAUUAAAUCUUUAUCUCAUAGAUUCUAUGUUCAAGGAUUGGGCCCAGAAAGUUGUACUGAUUUGGGGUUAGAGGAAAAUAAAAAUGAUGGGCUUGGGCUGGGUCAAGGGAAUGGGAGAAGACAGUUUGGGCCUUGGAGAAGAUGGGCUAGUGGUAAUGGUACGAAAUGGAAUCAAAAGCUUGAUAAGGGUAAUUAUGGUUUUUCAGAUAGGGUAGAUAGUAAAUAUGAAAUGGAUAAUAUUGAGGUUAAAAUUACAAGAUUUAGAAAGAAAUCAAAAGGGAGCCUUUACAAAUUAACACAUGCAAGUUCUCGUGUACUUGAAAAUAUUGUUGAGUGCCUUAAGCAAAUAAUGACGCGGCGGCCAAAACAAGAGAACUUAAGAAGUGAAGAAUCAGGAUAAAAUAUAAUUUUAUAAUUGACAUUAUAGAAAAUAGCUUUCUUAUUAUGUGUCCUUUGAUAAUCAAAAUUGUGUAAAGCUUAAUAUCAAGGACUUCUCAUGAUCAGUUCACAUUAAAUAAUUUCAUUGCUGGGUUGAGAUUAAAAAAUUUGUAGAAAAUUGAUUAAACAAUGUUAAUUAAAAUUAAUUUUAUGGUAUA